AUGACACCAGAAGCCCCAACAAAGGACGUAUUCGACCAGGCUGUGUGGCGUGCACACUUCGUAUUGAGGAAGGCAGAAGAGGACUCUUUGGGGCUGAUCAUGCCUUACAGCGCUGUGCAGCUUGAUCAAGCGGUGAAAUACUUUACCCAGAGCAACGAUGGCUCUGGCGGUCUGGACACUCUUGCUUGGGAGUGGGCGUAUGAGGACAUUAUCGUCCGGCGCAGUCGUGGAUGGUACACACGCGCCUGGGCUCCAGAAAGGGUCCGGCCUGGCGCGGCUAUCUCUGGGAUGCCCGAGACUCUUCGUCUCAGAAUCAGCAGGUCGACGAACCUAGGGUCAGCCAAGCACGGCGAGAGUGCUGAAACACCAGGGUCUGGAGCGUUCUUGGCAGCUGGAAUGAGCAGCAGCUCACCUCCAAACUUCUUCUGGAGCAAUCCUGUCAUCAUUUUGAACAGUUUUCCUGCGUCGCCUUCCACUGUUACCGACGAACCUCCAGCAUUACCCAACACUCCACUUCAGCAGCACUAUGAGGACCGAGAGAGCCUACGGGCACAAAUGGAUUCUCAACAUCUCGAACAGAAGAUACAAGAUCUGCUCCAACAACCACUACAGAUAGGUCCUCAGACUCCCACACAGGCCAGCAGCCAGCCACACGACUACCAGGAACGUCAUGGACGGGGCCAUGGGCAACGAGAGGCUAGAUCCCCAUGCGAGGUGUACCCCAUCUCUUCCGGAACAAGGGCAUAUCUUGUCGAUCUGCGGGCUAACCCGCAUUGGCGGUUCGUGGGAUUCCAUCGUGAGCAAGUUCACGUGGCUGGCCGGCACAUCCAUCCCGGCCGUGACUACCGCCAGGCUGUCCACUGUGUCAGAAAUCCGCGCAGUCGGCCCCAUUACCGCCUCCGGCGGUUUAACAUGGCCGGCGAGGACGUACCCCGAAGGUACCGCAUCAACCCCGCCCAGAUCAGGAAGGACCAUGUGCUGUUUCGCGAAGACCCCCUGGCGCAGGACUGCCCCAUCUGGAUACCUACACCUGUUGAUCCCCGGUGGGCGGGAAGAAAUGAGGAAGUUCUCGACAGCGGCGAUGAAGACGACAAUGAGAACGAAGAGUGA